UUACCAAAUUCUCAUAUAACUCUCAAGUCUCUCACAGGGAUAUUCAUUCAUCCACUCCUCACACAUCACAGUUACGAGAAAAAUAAUGUGGAGUUCUCCGAAUCAAAGUCAAUAUAGGUUGAGGAUCCGAUGCGCGUAAAACCCUCACCCCUACGUACCCCUCUCAAUUCUUCCUUCUUUUUAGCUUCCCUCUCUAUCUCUCUCUGAUGUGCUCAGUGGAUCAGUUGUCCUUUCUUGGCAUGUCGUCGAAUUCGGAGAAGUUUGUAAUCAAGCAGGGUCAAGAAGACAAAGAGAUCGAAUUCGAGAUUUCAAAACGGGAAUUUCAAGACAAGUUUCACCAAGAGGAAGCCAAUAGAGACCAUGAUGAUGAGAAGAGUGGUGCUGUAGAUUCUCCUGUGAAGGAUGUAGUGGAGGAGGACGAUGGGUUCAAGACUCCAACAUCUUUGGACCACAAAAUUCCUGUUGAGAUUGAAUGUCCACCUGCACCCAGAAAACCCAAGCCCUCAAGGAAAAGGAAGGCCUCCUCGCCCCUAGUCUCAAAUAGGCCAAGACUAGUAAGAUUGCUUGAUCUCUCUUUCACGACUGGUUGAGUCUCUCUCUCUCUCUCUGUACAAUCCUACUGAAUUUGAAGGCAAGAUCAACAAAACUGCAGAAAAGACUUGUGAUUUUUCUUUUA